AUGCAUUUUUCACUCCACCCUCCACCUUCUCUCUCUUCUGCCUCUUCUAUCCUACUUCCUCCUUUUCCUAAAACCCCCACCUCCUUUAUCAAGAACCCCGGCAAUUUUCAUCCAUUAGCCCGAAAUAUAGCACAAGAAAAGUCUAGUCUUGCUGAAAAUCCAGAUAAAUUAAGCACAAAACAUGCAUUUGUUUCAACUAAUCAAAGCGAAAUUGAACUAUCCGAGGAAAAUAGCUCCGCACACGCAAUCUGGGUGAGUGAAAAUUGCGAGAAAAAUGACCCUGAAACAGCGAGAACUGUUCUAAACCGCAUGUUAGACAAUGGGGUUCAACCCAAUGUAGCGAUGUUCACCACAGUGAUCAACUCGUUCUGCAAAAAAGGACGGUUGAAACAGGCAUUUGAGGUUUUCGAAAGCAUGGGCCGAGCUGGUUGCGAGCCCACAAUCAACACGUACAAUUGCUUGCUGAAGGGGAUGUGCUAUGUGGGGAGAGUAGAAGCUGCUUACGAGACGUUGAAGACCGUCAAGAAAUCCGCCCUGAAACCGGACAUUUACACUUACACGGCGGUGAUGGAUGGAUUCUGUAAAGUCGGCAGAUCAGACGAGGCCAUGGAAUUGCUCGAUGAAGCCCUGGAAAUAGGGCUGAGCCCUAGCGUAGUUACUUACAACACUUUGUUCAAUGGGUACUUCAAGGAAGGCAGACCUCUGGAUGGGAUUCGAUUGUUGGAGCAAAUGAAGCUGAAGAACUGCAUCCCUGAUUACGUAACUUACAGCACACUGUUACAUGGGUUGCUAAAAUGGGGCAAGAUUCGCGUAGCAUUAUCGAUCUACAAGGAGAUGCUGGAGCGUGGGCAUGAUGUGGACGGGAGGAUGAUGAACACAUUACUGAGAGGGCUAUGCCGGCGGGGCAGGAUGAAUGAGUGGGUGUUAAGGGAUGCGUACGAGGUGUUCGACAGAAUGCGCGAGAGAAAAAUUGUGGUUGAACACCGCGCAUAUGAGCUUGUGAUUGAAGCCUUGUGUAAUGGGAAGGAGGUAGACAAAGCUCUGGCAAGUUUGGUGGAGAUGGUUAGAAUUGGGUAUUCCCCAGGGAGAUUCACCUUCUGCAAUGUCAUUCGUGCGCUUUGUGCAGAUGGAAAGGUGGAUGGCGCCUUAUCAGUGCUAAGCUUAAUGCAUAGACGCUCAAGAUUCUGGGUUGGAGUUCCUCCAUAUAACAUACUGAUCAAGGAGCUGAAUCGACAAGGAAGAGCAUUGGAUGCUCGCAAUGUGUAUGCUGCUGCGUUGAAAAGAGGAUUAUUGGUGCCAAGGAAGAAACCUAUUCAGUUUUCAGCUAAAGCUCAGGCUCCUCAUAUUGCAAAUGGUUAG